GCAGAGCGUGGUGAGAAGCUUGAUAAGCCUUCGUGGCGGCGGCUUCAGCAGCUCAACCACCCCUGGCCUUUCUUUUUGCUGUUUCGCCAUGGCGGGCCCAGGCCCGGGCGCGGCUCUAGAGUCCCCUCGGCAGCUGCUGGGCCGCGUGCGCUUCCUGGCGGAGGCAGCGCAGAGCCUCCGCGCCGGACGGCCGCUACCAAAGGCGUUGGCCUUCGUGCCGCGCGAGGUGCUCUACAAGCUUUACAAGGACCCGGCGGGACCCUCGCGCGUGUUGCUGCCGGUGUGGGAGGCGGAGGGCCUGGGGCUGCGCGUGGGAGCCGCGGGCCCCGCCCCUGGUACCGGCUCCGGGCCCCUCCGCGCUGCCCGCGACAGCAUUGAGCUCCGGCGCGGCGCCUGCGUGCGUACUACCGGAGAGGAGCUGUGCAACGGCCACGGGCUCUGGGUGAAGCUGACCAAGGAGCAGCUGGCAGAACACCUGGGCGACUGCGGACUGAACGAAGGCUGGCUGCUGGUGUGCCGACCGGCCGAGGGCGGGGCCCGCCUCGUACCCAUCGACACACCUGACCAUCUUCAGCGGCAGCAGCAGCUCUUUGGCGUGGACUAUCGACCUGUGCUCAGAUGGGAACAAGUAGUGGACCUGACAUACUCUCAUCGCCUUGGAUCAAGGCCCCAGCCAGCCGAGGCAUACACGGAAGCUGUACAGAGGCUACUCUAUGUGCCCCCGACGUGGACCUACGAGUGUGACGAAGACCUGAUCCACUUCUUGUACGACCACCUGGGCAAGGAAGAUGAGAACCUGGGUAGCGUGAAGCAGUAUGUGGAGAGCAUAGACGUUUCCUCCUACACGGAGGAGUUCAAUGUGUCCUGCCUGACGGACAGUAAUGCAGACACCUACUGGGAGAGUGAUGGUUCCCAGUGCCAGCACUGGGUACGGCUUACCAUGAAAAAGGGCACCAUUGUCAAGAAGCUGCUGCUCACAGUGGAUACCACAGAUGACAACUUUAUGCCUAAGCGGGUAGUGAUCUAUGGAGGCGAAGGGGACAACCUGAAGAAGCUGAGUGACGUGAGCAUUGAUGAGACCCUGAUCGGGGAUGUAUGUGUCCUGGAGGACAUGACCGUUCAUCUCCCAGUCAUCGAGAUCCGCAUCGUGGAGUGCCGAGAUGAUGGGAUUGACGUGCGUCUUCGAGGGAUCAAGAUCAAGUCAUCUAGACAGCGGGAACUAGGGUUAAAUGCAGACCUGUUCCAGCCAACCAGUCUGGUGCGAUACCCACGCCUUGAAGGCACUGACCCUGAAGUACUGUACCGCAGAGCUGUUCUCCUGCAGAGAUUCAUAAAGAUCCUAGACAGUGUCCUACACCACCUGGUACCUGCCUGGGAUCACACGCUUGGCACCUUCAGUGAGAUUAAGCAAGUGAAGCAGUUCCUGCUGCUAUCACGCCAAAGGCCAGGGCUAGUGGCCCAGUGCUUGCGUGACUCAGAAAGCAGCAAGCCCAGCUUCAUGCCACGCCUGUACAUCAACCGGCGCCUUGCCAUGGAACACCGUGCCUGCCCCUUAAGGGACCCUGCCUGCAAGAACGCAGUCUUCACCCAGGUUUAUGAAGGCCUCAAGCCCUCUGACAAGUAUGAAAAGCCCUUGGACUACAGGUAUGGCAUGAGGUUGAGGGAUUUGUGCUGGAGUUACAUAAACUAUAUAUACCUGCACACUGCUUCUGGAACCCUUCACCAUUACCCCUCCGUAGCCCCUACUUCUGGCUGGUAUCCUGUGAACCAUCCUGAGCCCUGGCCCAGCAUGGAUGGCCCAGCAUCCACUCCUUCUUACAGGUGGCCCAUGCGCUAUGACCAGUGGUGGGAGUGUAAAUUCAUUGCAGAAGGCAUCAUUGACCAAGGGGGUGGUUUCCGAGAUAGCCUGGCAGACAUGUCAGAAGAGUUGUGCCCUAGCUCAGCAGACACCCCUGUGCCUCUGCCCUUCUUUGUGCGCACAGCCAACCAGGGCAAUGGCACUGGUGAGGCCCGGGACAUGUAUGUGCCUAACCCCUCCUGCCGAGACUUUGCCAAAUAUGAAUGGAUUGGACAGCUGAUGGGGGCUGCCCUUCGGGGUAAGGAAUUCCUGGUCCUGGCUCUGCCUGGUUUUGUAUGGAAGCAGCUUUCUGGUGAGGAAGUGAGUUGGAGCAAGGACUUCCCAGCUGUGGACUCUGUGCUGGUGAAGCUCUUGGAAGUGAUGGAAGGAAUGGACAAGGAGACAUUUGAGUUCAAAUUUGGGAAGGAACUAACAUUCACCACUGUACUGAGUGACCAGCAAGUAGUAGAGUUGAUCCCCGGGGGUGCAGGCAUCAUAGUGGGAUAUGAAGACCGUUCUCGUUUUAUCCAACUGGUGCAGAAGACGCGGCUAGAAGAGAGCAAGGAGCAGGUGGCAGCCAUGCAGGCAGGACUGCUAAAGGUGGUGCCACAGGCUGUGCUGGACUUGCUGACCUGGCAGGAAUUGGAGAAGAAAGUGUGCGGGGACCCAGAGGUCACUGUGGACGCUCUACGAAAGCUCACCCGGUUUGAGGACUUCGAGCCAUCUGACACUCGAGUGCAAUAUUUUUGGGAAGCACUGAACAACUUCACCAACGAGGACCGGAGCCGCUUCCUGCGCUUUGUCACUGGCCGCAGCCGUCUGCCAGCACGGAUCUAUAUCUACCCAGACAAACUGGGCUAUGAAACUACAGAUGCGCUGCCUGAGUCUUCAACUUGUUCAAGCACCCUCUUCCUACCACAUUAUGCCAGUGAUGGGAGGACCUCUGCACCUGGUGCUGACCAAGUCUCCGUCUCCCUCAGUGCCAAGGUGUGCGAGGAGAAGCUCCGCUAUGCGGCGUACAACUGCGUGGCCAUUGACACUGACAUGAGCCCUUGGGAGGAGUGAGGCGGCACCAGGGGGCAGCCUCGGGCCAGCAGGACCGUGCCUGCACAGGUCCCACUAGGCGGCGCCCAGGGUGAAGACAUGUUCCCUGGACCGGUGGGGUCUGCAUACUCCUGACCUGAGCUGACAUGCUCAGAAAAAGACAGCACGCCCCUGUGUCUGCUUGGAGUGGGGGUGGUGGGUUGACCCUGGUGGCCCAGCCCCACAGACCCGCAAGCCCUGUGCGUGCUCAGGCUUGCUUCCCGAGUUGUUCAUCCUCUGUGAGAGGGAAUCCCACAAGCCCAGCACAAGCUGCCAGGCCUGAGCUACUUGAAGGGGGCCUUCUAGCUCCCCACCCCAUGGACUUUACUUCAGUUUUUUGUUGUUGCUUUUUUUUUUCUUGGCUCCCCUCCCCUCCCCCUUUUGCUCCUUGUUUUUCUCUGGCUUCAGCCUGGAUUCAAAACUAAAACCUCUGGAGGGUGGUGGAGGCUCCUCCCCAAACAAGGCAUUGGAGUAAUGGCUAUCCUCUUUGGUCACCUGCCCCAAGAAUGAAGCAGCAGCUAAGCAUCUUCUCACUCACAUACUUGUAUUUUCCUCCUCUCCCUCCAUACCCAAAGUGUGAGCUCUGCCCUUCCUCCAACCCAGUCUCAAACUACACAGUGCCAUCACCUUCUUUGGCUCAGAACCUACAUGUUCUCAACAUUAAAUCACUACCACCAUACCGUAUUCAAUGCUUCUGCAUCGCCUCCAGCCUGAUUCCCCAUCUGCUGUGUCAUCUUCAAGAUUGUACAAGGUUAAAGCCAGUUAUGUCCUCUCUGAAAUCUUCAGUAGCUCCCUUUCACCCAACUCAAAGCUUAGACUUUAAACCUGCUCCUAAGCCUUAUGCAGGUCUAUGCCCCAGUGCUCCUCCCUUAAGGGCCUCCAUGACACCCCAUCAAAGAAGAUCUUGCACAUGGGAAAGUUUAAUAAAUGGAUGUAUUCAUUC